UGUGCAAUCCUAAUGCUCAUGGCACAAGCAAACUCCUGGGAAGAAUCGCAGUAAGUGAGAUGAGCCCAAAGAUGCUGGAGAGAGUGCUGUCUGCCCGUAGGUCGCCGCAGGCUACCGGCGACGGAGACGACGACGACGGCGAUGAAUCCAAGACCAGAAAGCACAUGUCGCCGCUCACACGAGCCACCAACUACUUGGCUAGGACAGGUUACUUCUGGCCAUGCCUCGUCCUCGUCCUAGUCCUCCUCCUGGUCUCCUCUCUCGCUUUUCACUCCCGUAAUCUCGUCUGUGUCUCCUCGUCUUGCGAUCCUGUAUCUCGUAUGCGCUUCUUCGGCUACGAAGAUCCUGAAUCAGACUACGGAUCUCUCGGCGUGCCUUGGUGCAGAUCGAAACAUGGAAAAACUGUUGAAUGGACAACCAAGGAUUUACUCAAGGGUUUGGAAGAGUUUGUACCAAUAUAUGAAACACGACCCAUAAAAAAUAACAUGUAUGGGAUGGGUUUUGACCACAGCUUUGGUCUUUGGUUCAUUGCUCGAUGGCUGCAGCCUGAUCUGAUGAUUGAGAGUGGUGCUUUCAAGGGUCAUUCGACUUGGGUUUUGAGGCAAGCAAUGCCUGACAAACCUAUUGUCUCCCUUUCACCUCGCCAUCCUGAGAAAUACCUUAAAAAGGGACCUGCUUAUGUAGAUGGGAACUGCACAUACUUUGCUGGAAAAGAUUUUGUGGAUUUUGGCAGUGUUGACUGGGGCAUUGUGUUCAAGAAACAUGGAAUUACAGAUCUCAGUCGGGUUCUUGUCUUCUUUGAUGAUCAUCAGAAUGAGCUAAAAAGGCUCAAGCAGGCACUAAAAGCUGGCUUCAGGCAUCUUGUUUUUGAGGACAACUAUGAUACUGGAACCGGAGACCAUUACUCAUUCAGACAGAUAUGUGACCAAUUUUAUAUAAGAGGGGGUGGGCAUAGUUGCUUUAGAGAUAGCGAUGAAGCCAGGAUACGAUCAAGAAGGAAGAAGUUCUGGGACAAGGCUGUGGAUAUAGAAGAACUAUGCGGGCCUGGUGAAGCAUGGUGGGGCGUUCGGGGGCGAAUGCGUGAUGACUUCAACCACAGUAACAAGGCAAUCACCUACAAAGAACACUUAAAGAACAGCAGGUUCGUGGAAUCAGUGUUGGAUGUUUACUGGGAGCUCCCGCCGGUGGCUGGCUCGUCACUGACUCAUCAAACAAGGUACGAUCCUGCUCGUGCGCCCAGCCCCAUUGUUGAGGAUGGUAGGUUUGGUCGGUUUCAGAGGCUUGGCUUGUCUAGACUUGACACUUCUGUAUUCAACGGAUAUACUCAGAUGGCGUAUCUUCAAAUAUCUGGACAAAACCUUAAUAGCGAUUCCUAGUAGAUGUCAAGUUAGUUGUUUGGCUUGCCAAUAGAUGAAAACUUGAGAUCCACUAAUACUCUGAUAUCUCUGCCAGUUUUUGUUAGCAUAUUUCCUUUCUAGUUCAA